AUGGUGGAGCGGUCUUCAGAAGGAAUCCAGGUUCAGGCUCCAGUUCAAUCCCACCUUCGAGAUGGCACCCCGUCCUUGAUGUUCCAAGUGACCACCGAGAAAGUGCAGGUCGCACAAGCCUUAAGAAACAAAGUCCUAAGCGGUGCUUUGGACCUGGCCUUGUCGAAAGAGCACAGUGCCUUUGCACAAAUCCAUGUUGACCAAUCCGACUUUUUGGAACGCUAUGAGAAAAGCCUAUUGACAUUGUCAAAGCUGACGGAUCAUCAAGAGCAGAAGCUGCAGAAUCUCAAGCAGCUGGGCGAGAACUUGCACUUGACGGCUCCCGCAGGAUGUGGCAAGACAUUUGUAGCGAUCCAAUAUGCCUUGGACGAGUUGAAGUUGGACGACCGAAAUUCCUCUGGUCAAAUGUUAUUCGUAUCUCUCCAAAUCUCACUUGGACUUUACUUCGUUCGAUGGCUUGCUGUCAGACAUUCAACACUCACAGAGCUAUCAAUCCAUGAGGCAAUGAACCUAAUCAUGAAAAGGAUAGUACUGCUUCAAAAGCCUUAUGAGGACUUGGUUACUUUGCGUAUUGAGGGCAAUAAGAUCGUUCAGAACACCAAGGGCGAGAACGUGCACACUCCGGAUUUCUUGCUGGCAGUCUUUGAUGAGUGCCACGAGCUUGUUCGAGAAGGCUUCGGCCACCUUUUGGACCAAAUCAAUGCGAAGAAGAAGCUCCUUCUUUCAGACCAGUCGCAGUGUUCUGCUCUAAACCUGGAUGAGAAAUAUCCCGAAUAUGCGAGAGAAAGCCUUUCGGAAGUCGUUCGGAGCACGGAGCGUCUUGUGAGGGCUGCAUCAGCAUUUCAAAUCGGCGAGACACAGGAGGUCUCAAGCAUUGGCCCAGAUGGCCCAGCACUCAAGAGCUUUAUCUUUGAGAGAACACACAACAGCAAAGAAGAGGAGAUGAACAUGUACUGCCAGUACACCAAGAAGACAUUAUCACAUCUGGCCAAAGUGUACCCAGGCCUUAGAAGCCUUCAUGGUCGCCUAGCCAUGCUAGUCCCAGGUCAACACUUCUUGGACAAGAUCAAAGACAGUCUACAAGAGCAGCUAGAAGUGGGUUUCAGACAUAGACGCUUCCGCCUUGUUUCCUUUGAAGAAUCGUUGAGUUUCGUGCCCACAAAGUUCUUUGAAGGACAGGAGGAGCUUAUUCUGCUGGACACCAUCGAUAAUGCCAGAGGACACGAACAUUUGAUGGUUGUGUGCAUUGGCCUGGAUGAAGAGGUUCAGGGCAAGGGUGCAGAGGUGGAUUUGAUGACUAGGGCUAAGCUUUACGUGGGCAUUACGAGAGCGCAGCAUUUGGCCAUGGUGGUCAACAAGUACGUCACAGGAGGUUGGCUAGAGUUUCUGGCAACAUUACAAUUCAAAAAGGAAGAGUAUCGUUCAGAAGUAGGGAAGGAAGAGUUUCGCAACGAUGCAGCUGCCCAAGCUCUGAGAGUAGGGAAGGAUGCAGCUGCCCAAGCUCUGAGAGAUGAUGCGGCAAAUGCUGCUGCUCUUGAAAUCCGGCAGGAGGAUGAUCAGUUAGAUGCUGCUCCUGAUCUCCAGCAGGAGGCUCCAGAGGAAGUGGAGAUGUCUAGUAACUCCGUGUGGGAUCCAUCCGAGAAUGAGAUCGAGAGCAAGAUCUACCAACUCAAGUUUGAUCCUAUUGAUCGUGUCAAGGCAGACUGGUUAACGAAGCUCAAGAUGUUGCAUGGCGCCAGCAAGGAGCAGGUAGCGAGAACCAUCGACGAGUGGAAUUUCCAGGCUGACCGCGCUUUGCUCAUGACCGCCCUCCGCGCUUGGCGGCGCCAUGCAAAGCUUCAGCGCGAAAAGCUUGAGCGCGAAUUGCGCAAAUUUCGCGCUCGUCAACAAGGACGUAGAAUCACUGAGCAAUGA